CUCUCGCCUCAACUCUUUGGGGUCAGAUGUCAGUGUUGCUUGGUCGUCAUUCGAAAUUCAGCUUUUCAGUCGAAGGAACGUUUGGCCCUGUUUUUUCCACCAAAAAUUUUUGCUUUGCCCCAUAAUAUGCCCCGUCAACGUUCCGAGACUCGAUCCUCUGGAAAUGGAUCGGUGCGCCGGCAGCCAAGCCAUCGCCAAAGCAGCAGCCAUGCGGUAAAUGGCGGGAGCAGUAGAAACUUGCCUGCAGUGCAGAAGCCCAAGAAGGAAAACGUGCCAGUAGUGACCCCUACCCCGGCUCCGGCUGCAGAGGCCAAGGGUCGAAGCACGGGCGAUAUGUUUAAGGAUAUGGCCACCACGGCUGCAGGCGUGGCUGCUGGAUCUGCAGUUGGUCAUGCCGUGGGCGCUGGCGUCACAGGUAUGUUCAGUGGGCGUGGUCAGUCUGGAACGGCGCAGCAGGAGCAGCAACAGGCACCGCAGCAGCAGCAGCAGCAGGAAUCUGAAGUCAAAAACAUACAGCAGCCAUAUCGUAGCCAUCAGCUGGUGGAGGAUGGACCCUGCGCCUUCGAACUGAGGCAGUUCCUCAAGUGCACCGAGGAGAACAACGACAUCUCGGUCUGCAAGGAGUUCAAUGAGGCCAUGCAGCAAUGCCGUCGUCGCUACAAUGUCUGAGGAGAAGCAGGGAUCUAUGAGAUGGAUGUAGAGAUCACAGCCAAUUCUUUAUAAAAGUGAAUCUCUGUAACAAGCUUAUUAAAUUACAAUGAAAGUUUUAAUGAUAAAGAUUUAUUUAAAUAAAAGAAUAUUGUAAAAGGAA